GGUUCCACAGGAUUUACGACAGCCAUGUGUUUGCGGUAACUGUUUGGGUGCACUCAACUUGGAGUUCACGCGGUAAAACUAGAAGAUGUGAAUCAUAAUAUGUGGGUUAUCUGGCGCAAUUUUCGCGCCAAAGAUCGUAUAUUAAUACCUUCAUGAGUGACGGGGUUGUCGUCAGUUUUGUUGACCCGAUCUCCUGUUUGGUGACCACGGUUCGGCGGAUGAUCAGACUGGCCGCCCGGCUUGGGCGAAGUUCCCAGAGACAGUUGUCAUCAUCAUCAUAUUAUCUGACUACUUUUCAUCACUCGUAUGCAACUACAACAUCACCUGGCAAGAUUCUAACGUUAUAUCCAGUACAGGGAUCGCUUUUACCAGAACGUAACUCGCUCUGUACUACUACUAGUAGUUUCCUGAACAUGUCUGCCCAAGAGAGGACGUCCCCACAAACAUCUGACUGCGAAGACGGAGAACAGCCGAAGGUGAACCGCCCUCCACCAUCGGUGCCCUCCAAAUCUGGCGUUCCUUCUUUCAGCAAGUUCCUGCCCCAAGGCUGGGUCCAACGUGCGGCAGGGGGAGGAGGGGACUUCAAGUUCAAGGGCAAGGGAGGAGGGGAGGGGCGGAAAGGGAGGAACAGUCCGUCGAAGAAGACACAACGACAGGAGGGUGGUCAUCACACGGGGGACACUGGCGACAGGGGACCUGGCAAGCCAUCAGGAGGACAUCCCCACACGGAGGCACCUCAGAACAAGCGAGCUCGCGUCAACUCCUCUGGAGAUGCACAGAACAAGGGACAAGCUUCACCAGAUCAGCAAGAACCUACUGGUCUGUCAGAGAGGGGGGAGAAAAAACAUGCCAGUAGCCCUGACGCCAGCCCGCUAACCCGAGGCUGGUACCACACUCCCGCCCACAGCCACGGACACCACAAGAGGAAACCCGGUCCAGGGUUUGACUUCUCGGUGAUGUCCUACAACGUUCUGGCCCAGGAGCUUCUGAUGGCUAACUGGUACCUGUACCUGGACUGUGCCGACCAGGAGGGGCUGAAAUGGGACGUCAGGAAGGAGAAGCUGCUGCAGGAGUUCCAGCAUUACAACGUGGAUGUUUUGUGCCUACAGGAGGUCCAGGAGAGCCAUUAUCACGACUUCUUCCUGCCUGAACUGCAGAAGCUAGGUUACGAGGGGCUGUACAAGAAAAGGACGGGAGACAAGCCGGACGGUUGCGCCACCUUCUACCGGACCUGCAAGUUUACCCUGGUGAAGCACCGCCUGGUGGAGUACUACCGACCAGGUACCGAGGUGCUGGACAGGGACAAUGUGGCCGUCGUCGCUCUCCUGAAGCCCAAAACUGGACACGGCAACAAACGGAGGAUCCACACCAACCUGUGCGUCGCCAACACCCACCUCCUGUUCAACAACCGGCGGGGCGACGUCAAGCUGUCUCAGCUCGGAGUUCUGCUGGCCGAGGUCGACCAGCUGGCGUUCGACCCCAAGGUCAGGUACUGGGACGGCAAGGUCAGGGGUCACCCCGUCGUUCUGUGCGGAGAUUUGAACAGCGCGCCCUUCUCGCCGCUCUACCAGUUCGUGAACGCCGGGCGGCUCGUGUACGGCGACUACGAGAGGUCCGAGAUCUCGGGGCAGAGCUCGCCGUCCCGAUACAGGAACUGGAUGCGUCCCCCGCUGUGGCCACCGCUGGUCGGCAUUACCGACCACUGCCAGUACCACCAGGCGGUGUUAGAGAGGAGACAGCUGGCCAUGUUACGGGACGCCGAGAAAGGUACGUCAUGGCCUGUAUAGUUUCUGUAUCUGUAUAGCCGGUACAACCACCCUUCAGUCUGCCUGCACCAUCCGUUCAACCUGCGCUCUGUGUACUCCCACUACACCGCAGACCACCAGCCGGAGGCCACCACGCACCACGGACGCGCGAACUGUACUGUAGACUACAUCUUCUACACGGCCAGGCACUUCGAGACGACACUUGAUGGAGAACACGUCGGCCACGGAAGGAGACAAAGGCCCAAGUACAGGGACGGAAAACUGAAGCUGCUGUCUAGACUUUGUUUACCGUCAGACAAGGACCUGGAAAAGGAGGGAAGUUUGCCCAAUAAAGACCACCCUUCUGAUCACCUCCCACUUAUAGCCAAGUUUAGACUCACCGACAAGUGAAGUCUGCAGCAGUUUCUCCUGAAAGUUCAUCUGUGUUGGUAGUAAUCAUAGUAAAAUGUUGAACUUUAUUCCGGCAACACACAAUUAUACAGACUGAGAUCAAAUUUUCAAAUUUCAGCGACCACUGCCGCCUUCAUCAGGAUAAAUUAAUGACCAAUCAGUGAUCUCGUGAGAGUUACGGUUUACACAGCACAGCAGUUUCUAUUGGUGCCAAGAAAGUAUGGAAUGCACGUGAUGCGGUUUUACCUUGAUGGUGGAGAUUAUGUCAGAGAUGCAACGUUACAUGUAUACCUCUUGUUUCAAACGCGAUACUGGUAGUUUUCCAGGCAAAUUGGCUGGGUUGGAACAUUUUCAUCAAGAUUUGUAUUUCAUGUACUAUGUAGUUCACAAU